AUGCCUGCGUUGUGGCCAGCGCUGGUGGUGCGCGCGCCGGUGCCGUGGCACGCGGCCGCCGUGCGCGCAAGCCACGCACUCAGCCAUCGCCACUGCCACGCCAACCCCGUGUUGCUGCAACUGCGUCGCUUGUGGCACGACAGAUAUGAAAACAUGUACAUAUGUGACAUGCGGAAGAUGCAGGAAGACCUUCCGUUCCCCCAGUACCCGUCAGAGUUCACCGAACGCCUGCAGAAACUUUGCGCAGCGACUAAAGCCGAACUGCUGGAUAACUGGCUGAUCGACGUCGCCGAUACCAUGGUGAAAAUGAGGAAGUACUGGUCGAUAUACGUGGGAAAGCAGAAGAACGCUUCUACGUUUGAAGUGGAGAAGUUCUUUAGACAAGUUCGUGAUCUAGUGGAACGCAGCGUGAACCACUUCGCCGAGUAUUUUGCGAAUUAUUGGGAAGGCAACGACUAUGGAGAAGAAUAUCAGGACUAUACGUUUAUCAAGACGCCUUUACUCCGUAUUAAGGUGGUCGGACAUCCAGGAACCACUAACCUAACGUUCGAGCCGAGCCUCGAACAGAUGAGUGUGUUGAUUGUUAAAUGGUUCUACACCAUCAUUAACGUUAAUAUCCAAUUGCCGAGCGUGGAUAGUAUUAUGUAUCCCGGCGUGGUGCGUCCGAAGCCCUAUUUGUUAGCUGUUUAUCCCGACGAACAGUACAUGAUGGACAUUAUAAAUAAGACGGUGAAGCAUUUCAACGUGAACCGCCCUGGCCCUCUGAACUUUCUCAAGCGCUAUCAAGAAUAUUACCAUAUACUGGAUGGCACCGCGCAUCAGGAGCUUCUGCAGUUCUUUGCGCAAGAGCCGCCACCAUAUCUUAAGGCAAGAUGUUUUCUCAUUUUUGCUGUUGAUAUGGGAAAAUAUUGA